UCGAGAGAGUCCCCGCCCGGCCACUGGCCGUCAGCGCGCUCCCUCUGUGUCUUCCCAGGCUCUGCUCGCCUCGGACGAGCCCCGCCGAAGGGGAUGCUCUGGGCACCACCUCCUGGGGCAGUUGAGCCUCUCAGUGUACUCGGGCGUCCCUGGCCCCGGAGACCAGGGGAAGUUGUCUUGUGAGCCCGCGGCCCCGGGGUCUCCUCCCCCUGAGCCCCGCCCCCCGCCCGGCGCUGGGGACCGCAGAGCCGCCCGGCCCGGGGGCGUCGCCGCUAGCUCUCCGGAGCCCUAGGAACGCACGGAGCCAGCGCGGCCAGCGAGCGUCCCUGCAAGCAGCGCUUGUGGCCCGGCGGCCCAAGGACCCCUGCGUACCCCCGCCACGGCGCGCGCCCAGAGCGCGGGAGCCCGGAGCACCGGGCGCCUGGGACCCCGCGCAGCCGCUGGCCAGCCCACAGGGCUAGGCAGGGAUGCCGGCUGCGCUGUGAGCUCGGGCGCCAGGGCCAUGGCCGGCGCCCGCUGCCGGACCUUGUACCCCUUCUCCGGGGAGCGGCACGGCCAGGGGCUGCGCUUCGCUGCCGGCGAGUUGCUCACUCUGCUCCAGGUCCCGGACGGCGGCUGGUGGGAAGGCGAGAAGGACGACGGGCUCCGUGGCUGGUUCCCUGCCAGCUACGUGCAACUGCUGGAGAAGCCUGGGAUGGUCCCCCCUCCGCCAGGAGAGGAGAGCCAGACGGUCAUUCUUCCACCUGGCUGGCACAGCUACUUGUCUCCUCAGGGCCGCCGUUACUAUGUCAACACGACUACCAAUGAGACCACCUGGGAACGGCCCAACAGUUCUCCUGGGAUUUCAGCCAGCCCUGGCCCUCACAGGAGCUCUCUGCCUCCAACAGUGAAUGGAUACCACGCAUCAGGGACCCCGGCGCACCCUCCAGAGACUGCCCACAUGAGUCUCCGAAAAUCCACCGGUGAUUCCCAGAACUUGGGAUCCUCGUCGCCAGGCAAAAGACAGAGCAAGGAAAACACCAUCACCAUCAACUGUGUGACAUUCCCUCAUCCAGACACAAUGCCUGAACAGCAGCUGCUCAAGCCAACUGAGUGGAGCUAUUGUGACUACUUCUGGGCGGAUAAGAAGGACCCGCAAGGCAAUGGCACAGUGGCUGGGUUUGAACUGCUGCUGCAGAAGCAACUGAAAGGCAAGCAGAUGCAGAAGGAGAUGUCCGAGUUCAUCCGGGAAAGGAUAAAGAUUGAAGAGGAAUAUGCGAAGAACCUGGCUAAGCUCUCUCAGAACUCCUUGGCUGCCCAGGAGGAAGGCUCCCUGGGAGAGGCAUGGGCCCAAGUGAAGAAGAGCCUGGCCGAUGAAGCUGAAGUCCAUCUCAAGUUCUCUGCCAAGCUCCACAGCGAGGUGGAGAAACCACUCAUGAACUUCCGAGAGAACUUCAAGAAGGACAUGAAAAAGUGUGACCACCACAUCGCUGACCUCCGCAAGCAGCUGGCCAGCCGCUAUGCCUCAGUGGAGAAGGCCCGCAAAGCCCUCACAGAGCGGCAGAAGGACCUGGAGAUGAAGACCCAGCAGCUGGAGAUCAAGCUGAGCAACAAGACAGAGGAGGACAUCAAGAAGGCCCGGCGGAAGUCCACUCAGGCUGGUGAUGACCUCAUGCGCUGCGUGGACCUCUACAACCAGGCCCAGUCCAAGUGGUUUGAAGAGAUGGUGACGACCACAUUGGAGCUGGAGCGGCUGGAGGUGGAGAGGGUAGAGAUGAUCCGACAACAUCUGUGCCAGUACACACAGCUGCGGCAUGAGACAGACAUGUUCAACCAAAGCACAGUCGAGCCUGUGGACCAGCUGCUGAGAAAAGUGGACCCAGCCAAAGACAGGGAGCUCUGGGUCAGAGAGCACAAAACAGGCAACAUUCGCCCAGUGGACAUGGAGAUCUAGACGCGCCUGUGUGGUCCUGGGGGUCCUGCUGAGGAGAGGGGCUGGGGGUCCCAUGGAGGAGUGGAUCUGCCCUAUUACCUGCUGACCUGUCCACAGAGGAGAAAAUGAGCUGGUGAUUUCAGAAAAAGGACCCAGCCAGGGGAUCCCCAAUAUUCCCAGGCCCUAAAGAUGGACCCAUAGCCCUGACUCCAUCUCGAAGACUGAAGCCUCCCUCCAACUCCUAUGCUGUGCUUGUCACUAGAGGCUAGAACCCUGGGAUCCUGCUGAGUUCCACCAGGGUAGCCAUUCCAUACCUGGGCCCCAGGUAUCCAGAGCCUGUCCUCCAGCUGGCUUCUCAUCUCCAGGGCUACGGAAGAGGAAGGGAGGGAGGUCUCUGUCUCCAAACAAUGUCAGAACCAGAAUCAAGGAUAGGAGGCACAGAGCAGGUCACAGCCCGCACCCACAACUUUUCUCAACCUUCCCUACUUUGCCCCAUUGCAUUCUGGCAGUCCACAUCUAUUUUUCCAUGCCCCACACAGGGUGGCGGGGGCGGGGGGGUGUCUUCCCAACCCAACUCUGGAGAGGUCAGGACAGAACUACCUCAGUUGGCACCACCAGAUCAUGGCUUCCAUCUGUUUCAGAUCAGGCAUUGGCUAUAAAGUCUACGACGGAAGUCCCAACCUGCCCUUCCUUUCAGCCUCUUUCUCAAGGAGGAAGCUCCCCACCUUCACCCUUACACUCCUUCCCAGACUCAAUAGAAGAUGUUUCCAAAGUCCUCAGGCAGCUGUGUGCAUGUUUAAAGGCUUUGGGGGUGGAAUCUCAGAAAGUCUUGUCUGCCCACUUCUCCUCAACACUAUGACAGCCUUGUCCAGAGCUCUCCCAGACUGCUGGCCACAGGUCAUGUGGGAUGGUGGUCAGGGUCAGUCUUGAUUUUUCUCUGUUGGUUCCAGCUGUGGAUGUGCAUGAUGGGAUAGGAACUACUGUCCCCCUUACUGGCACUGGACAGUAGUGCAGACUCUUGUGGCUGUAGGUUAUUGCCACCUAGAAGAAGGAACUUUGGGAAGUCACAUAGUCAGGAGGGGGCCAGAUUCUAGCUGGGAACUUGUACCCUGGGAGGUCAUCCUUCCUCAUCUUUCCCACAGGUGACUUUGUCUAUCUCCCCAGAGGGCAGAAUCCUUUGAGCAGAACUCACAUCUUCCAGUCAUACAUGCUAAUAGCAGACAGUUUACUAAUCUUGACCCUUUUUGGCACCUCAUCCAGAGAACCAUGUCUCAUGGUUCUUAGGAGGAUGCCUAAUACACUAAAGCAAACUGAGCAUUGUCACUUUUCUUACUGAAACAUCUCAACCACAAAGGCUGUUAUGUGGACAUUCCGCCAACCUGUGCUCUGCAUCCCAGGGCUCAGCAUGAACUGUGACACCAGCUCUCAAUAUUAGUAUAUUAUUUCCUGGUUUCUAUAUUUUAAAAAAAAUGGCUGUAGUGCUUUAGUAACCUAAUUUGUGAGUGAUGGUCAGAUUCUAAGUCUUGUUAUACACAGGGUUUUAGGGUACCACAGUGUGGCUCAUGACUUUGUUCCCUUACCCCCAUCCAAAGGGUUCAGCAUCCUCUGAGAUGUCACUUCCUCCAGCAAAACCCCAGUUGGCUGAUGUGUUCAUUCUGAGGCCAUUCCUUCCUCAUUGCCAAUUCACCUCCUUUUCAGUCUGUCUACAUAUACCUUUUCCUCCUUUUCCCCCUCUUCCUUCCAUCGUUUGUUCAUGAAGCGUUUUUGUUGUAGAUAAGCAAUGUGUAAUCUAUCUGAAAACAGGCUAUGGCUCUGUCAUCUAUACAAGCCCUCAGACCUGUUUUGUGUAGACUCACCUCUUCCCGAGACAAUGUCAGCUUUCCCUCUCUGCCCCUUUGAGUUCUCAGAGGUACUGGAUGUAUGCUGGUUUUUCUGCAUCUGUUCAUUUUGCACACUCAUUUUCAGUGAAUGCUUAGAACUGGGUGCUAAGUGCUGGAACUAGUCUUGUGUCUAAGAGGACACUCUCCAGUCUGCUCCACCCACAGGUAGAACAGGUGUGUUUAGACCCUUCUGGAGAGAAGGUAGAAUUCCACUUUGCACUCGGAUCCUUAAAGUAUUAACUAUGCUAGGAGGUCUUAAUCCAACAGCAAGAUCUGAGUCUCGUAACUACCAAACUCAUACCCAGCUCCAAUUUCAAAACCAGCUUUGAUUGCUUCUCAAUACCUUUCCUUGUACUACAAAUAGGGAGAGUGAGAACAUGGAGGAUGAGGGUGCCAGGAAAUGAGACCCAAAACUAUGAGUCAAGUGUCCAACCGCCUUCACAGCACCCUUUGGGUGAAAUCAAGAAGAUUGAGAACCUGAAGGUACAUACUGGGAGCAGAGUGUUCAAGCUAUUGUUGGGGUCCUUGUUCUGUUUCCAGUGCCGGGGACCCAACCCAGAGUCACAUGUGUCUAGUCCAGUGCUCCAUCAUUUAACUACCCCCAGCCCUGUUAUCAUGCAUCUGUGAACAUGUCAGUGCUUAAAUUCUGAGAGGAUUUGGCUGGGAUUGUUCAGGGUGGGCGAGCAUCCAUUGUCCAGGCUAAGAGCAGCACAGUCCUUUCUACCUGCCCCUACCCAGGAGUGCAUUCACUUAAGCUUUGUCUGCAAAAGCCUGAUUUUAAAAAAAAAAAAAAAAUCUAAAAUGAAUGUUGUUCAAAAAAAAAAAAAAUGGGUUGGUUACCAUGACAACCUCCCAGAAGAGACACUUGUUACCCUUCAUUAUUUUCUAGUACUUUUGAACAGUCCCACUAACUGGGCACAGGCCAUUUGAAGGAUGUGGAUGGCAGCCCUGAACUGUCUCUGAGACUGCUGUGGGGGCCACCUUUCUACCUCCACACAAGACCCUGUUGUCGCAGGAGGAUCUCUGCACUGGUUGGUUAAUAGCUGAAUCAGAGUAUUCGAAUUCCUGGUGGGGAUUGUGUCGAUUCCCUCUGUGAAAUCCAGCCAAUUGCCAGGGUAGUGAAUGGGUGCAUGAGACUCUUGGCUAAGCCAAAGCCCCUUCAUGGAAAUCCAAGCCAUAAAACUCAAAAGGUGUCAAAAGACCUUGGCUUCUUGGGGGGCUUGCUCCCAGCUGUGAGUAGCCUUGACAAGGAAAAUUUAAGGGUCUGAAGACCUGCUGUUAUUAUGAAGCUAAGGAAGGCAUUUUACAGAUACAAAGUGACGACACAGGUCAGCUGUCGGAUGGCUUAGCCUGGAGACACCCUCAUGCCCAUAGUUCACAUGCCAAAAAGUAACCUUCUGCCUCCCUUCUCAAGGUAACUGAGGUGUGAUUAAAAUACAGUAAAGUUCACCCUUUCAAGGAAUGCAAUUCUUUGAACUUUAACAUCUAGGAUCUUGUCAACCACAACCAAGAUUGGCAUCUCUUCAUGUCAGUUCCCUUUUCCCACCCCUGAUCUAGCAACCAGAUCAAUGUUCUGUCCAUACAGUUCUGCCUUUUUCUACAAUGCCGUGUAAAUGGAGCCACACUGACACACCCUUGAGUCAGCCAUGAUACUGUGUGUGUCAGUAGAGUGUGUCCCCUCCCACUGCUGAGUAGAAUUCCAUCACAUGGGCAGACCCCCAGGCUUUCCUUAGUUUUAAAAUUAGUUUUUAAUGCCCUGAAAGUCACAGCCCCAGCCCCCCAGUCUGUUUGUAUAACUGAUUCCAACCCAUUGCUUCCUACAUGUCUGGGGCCUCUUCCCCAGACCCCAGCCAUGACCUUGAGUGGUCCUGAUGGUACACUCACUUUGUUGGUGAUUCUAGUUUGGGGUCAGUACAGAAAGCAGGAAGGGAUGGUAACAGAGUGUCACCCUCCACUGAGGCAGCAGUAUACCUCUCAGUGCAGGAAGGUCCUUGUCCCCCAAGGGGCUGUCACCUCAGUCUUCAGGGCCUGGCGUUUAUUGAGCAAUGACCCCUGGGCACAGCUUGACCCUUCCCUGAAUCUGUUGUACCAUCUGCCAACUGAGGGUGCUUGUCCUAGAAGGUCUCUAAGGCCUUCAGAUUCGGUGUCCUCCCCCACCCCUCAUUGCCUAUUUGCACCCUAUGCACAUGAUCAUGUGUAACCUAGUGUCUGUCAUCUGCACAGCUGUGGCCAGAAUCCUCAUGAUGGGCACUUUUCUAGGUAAACCCAAAAGGAACAAAAUCAUGUCACAAGCCGAGAAUUAAUUAGUUCCUCUCAGAUCUGUUCCAAAGAAACUGUAAGUCAGUACUUCCAAACUGUCUUGGUCUGGUACUGCUGAAUGAGAAGUGGAUCCUAGAGGGCGCUUGUGAAGCUCCAGGUAAACUGAGGCAUUCCUAGAUUCAGGUGAGGGUCAGAACUGGGGAGUCAGAACCCAAGGGUCUCAUAUGGGAGGCAAAGCUGUUAGGACUGCCCAAAGUAAGGGGUUCCUCCAACCCCUCAACUGCUGGUUAGUCAUUUCUAAGGUGAAGGACCUGCUUCAAGACAGGGACCCAAGAUCAAGGCUCCCCUGUGCUGGUCUUCUAGGGCUGAGUGUGGCUCUUGGGGACUGAACUAUGGAGGCUUGUGCUGGGGGAGUAGGGAUGGCCUUUGGAUUCUUACUAUGUGAUAUGGGGGAUGUGGCCCCUCUGUGUUUGAGGGGAGUUCCCAAUAGUGGCCCUGGGGCAGAAAGAAAGAGCUGAGACUGGUUCUGUCACGUGUCCAGUUUCUCCUGCACCCUGUCAGGACUUCUAUGUGCUCCCCUGUCCCUCCCCUGCAGCUUCCUCAGCAGACAGGUUUUUGGACCCAGGCACCAACAUUCCAAGGGACACCAGCCAACCUGGGUGAGGGCCCCAACUCUGUGUCUUCCCCUUCCCUGGGGAAAGAGAUGUCCAGUGGCAUUCCUUCGCAACCUGAGCACAUCAGCAAGCCCCAUGAAUGUGGAAUUUUCUAACAAAAUAAAUUUGCUUGUUUGGUCUGUUUUCUGUAACUUUUGCUAAAUACUUUAUACAUUUUUAAUGUUGAAAAGCAGUGUCUCCUGCCAGCAUUCCUCACCCAGGAUGAAUGUGUUUAUUCCACGCUGUAUAUCUUUCUGUGCUCCGGCUGCCUAGACCAGUAAAUAAAAUGGAUGUAAUAUAAGUUGUAAGUAACACUGUCAAAACUCUGAUCCCACUGGAGGCUGUAUGCCUCCCCCACCCCAUAAUAGCACCUGUGUGUAUUAAUUCUAAAGAAUUAAAUGUUUAAAUUAGAAUUUAAA